AUGAAAUCAUCAAAAGAGCAAACAAGAUCAAAACGACCACUUUCUGAGAUAUCUCCUAAUUUAAGACGAGAUCCAUCCAAAAAGCGAAGAGAUUCAUUAGGUUUUGAUAUGGCAAGUAUUCCCCUGAGUUCUAUAAAAUCUUUCCCAUCAAGAAUCCCGCCUCCAACUGCAUCAAAGUCAGCUGCUAUAGCAUCAGUUUCUUCCACUUCUUCUUCUUCUUUUUCUUCUUCUUCUUCGUCAGUUUUGUCUUCAGCAUCAAUUCCCCAAGGUAUUUUAUCUAUUCAGGAAAGAUUAAGACGGAAAGCAGGUGUCAAUGAUAAUAAUGGACAAUCAUCAUCGACUCUUGUUGCCAGGUCCCAACCAGGUGUUUUUAGAUCUAAUGAACUCCAAGAAGAAUAUUACUCAUUAAAUGAAUUAUAUAAACAGCAAGCUAGUCUGUAUGAAAAAUUGGAGAUUGAUUUAGGAAAACUAAAAGAGAUUUAUAAAAAUUACUAUUAUAAAAUUGAUUUAAUUAAUGAUUUAAUCAACCAAAAGCAAAGUGAGUUUGAGAUAUUGGAACAUGAUAUUAUAAAUGAUGUUGAACAAGAAGAAAAGUUGACAUAUUCGAAAUUGCACGAAAACAAAAUAAAACUAGAUGGGCAGUUUAAAGAAUUGGAGUUUGAAAUGUUAAAUCAAUUGGAAGAUGCCAAACAAUUUGAUUAUAAGGAAUUAUUGACCAAAAUUGAUAAUUUGAAAACAGAAAAAGAGACAGUAAUGUCUGAGUAUGAAAAAGCGAUGGAUAAAGUGGAUUGCAAGUUGACAGCCGAAAAGGAACAAUUCAGUAAAGAUUUGGAAGACAAGCUUCAUCCAUUAAAGAAAAAUAAACAAUUGAUAAAUGAUCAAUUGAUUAAUAAAAAAGAUGAGUUGACUAAGCUUGAAAUAGAAUACAAUGAGCUUAAAGAUCAACUUGCCCAAAGAAAUGAUUCUAUAGACACUAUUAGACAUGAGAUUGCUAACAUCGAACAAGAGAUGAAUAAUUAUCAAACAACUAAGAAAGAGUUGGAAUUAAAAGUAUCAGAAGCUGAAUUGGAAUUGCAUGAAGCCAUAGCAAAAGAUAAACAGGAACAAAAAGAAUAUGACAAUGUUUAUUCUGAAUAUUCAAUGCUACAUUCGAAAAUCGCUAAGCAUGAUGAACAUCGACGAAUAUUGGAGAAUUCAAUUAUGAACAUACAAGGAAAAUUUAGAGUUUAUUCCGUUGGUGAAGGCCAUGACACAUGUAAUAAACGUUUUUCUAAAGAUACUCCAUCUUCAUUUAUCAUUGAUGAAUUUCAAUGUUUAGUGCAAUCAACACUAAAAGGUCGCAAUGUAUCCAUCAUAAAUAAUUAUCUUCCUGGAUCACAAAUUGUCAUCGAUUCGUAUAAGACUAUUCAAAGACAACAGAAAUAUAUUUACCAGUGUAUAUCGAUUAAAAAUAGUGCUGGAAAUACUGAAGUCUGCGAUUUGUUGAAUUCGAAUGCCCAAGUAGACACCUUAUUCCAGCACCAACAAAUGGUCAUUGAUGAUUUCGACCAAUUUAAACAUAUUGUCGAAAAAAUCGAUUCCACAUUAUCUCAAGAAACUGCUAUUCAUAUAAUUUCAACCGAUACGUCAAAAUUAAUGAUCGUUGAUUGCUCAAGAAUUGAUCAAGACCAACAAGAGAAGAUUCUUGAAAAAUUCAAAUCCAAGAGUUCGCUUGGCUUUUUCGAAAAAUUGCUAACUUGGAUAUACCAUCAUUGUUCUACACUAUUUUUAUACGAACCAAAAACUUCUCAAUCAAAUAGUCUACUAAAAUUUAUCAAUUCUAUAGAUUCGCAUAUUUAG